UGUCGCGGGCCACGCAGCGGCGGGGGAGCGCGCUCGGGGCGGCGGCGUCCUGGAGCCCCCCGAGGGAUGGAAGCGGCGGCGCCGGCGGCGGCCGAGGCGGCGGGGCGCGAGGAGCUCGAUAUGGACGUAAUGAGGCCCUUAAUAAAUGAACAGAAUUUUGAUGGGACAUCAGAUGAAGAGCAUGAGCAAGAGCUCCUUCCUGUUCAGAAGCAUUACCAGCUUGACAAUCAAGAGGGUAUUUCAUUUGUGCAAACUCUUAUGCAUCUUCUUAAAGGAAAUAUUGGAACUGGCCUUUUAGGGCUUCCACUGGCAAUAAAAAAUGCAGGCAUAGUGCUUGGACCAAUCAGCCUUGUGUUUAUAGGAAUUAUUUCUGUUCACUGUAUGCACAUUUUGGUACGGUGCAGUCACUUUCUGUGUCAGAGGUUUAAAAAGUCAACAUUAGGUUACAGUGACACUGUGAGUUUUGCUAUGGAAGUAAGUCCUUGGAGUUGUCUUCAGAGGCAGGCAGCAUGGGGACGGAGUGUGGUUGACUUUUUUCUGGUGAUAACACAACUGGGAUUCUGUAGUGUUUAUAUUGUCUUCUUAGCUGAAAAUGUAAAACAAGUUCAUGAAGGAUUCCUGGAGAGUAAAGUGUUUCUUUUGAAUAGUACCAAUUCAUCAAAUCCAUGUGAGAGAAGAAGUAUUGAUCUAAGGAUAUAUAUGCUUUGCUUUCUUCCAUUUAUAAUUCUUUUGGUCUUCAUUCGUGAACUAAAGAAUCUAUUUGUGCUGUCAUUCCUUGCCAACAUUUCCAUGGCUGUCAGUCUUGUGAUAAUUUAUCAGUAUGUUGUUAGGAAUAUGCCAAAUCCCCACAACCUUCCAAUAGUGGCUGGUUGGAAAAAAUACCCACUCUUUUUUGGUACUGCUGUGUUUGCUUUUGAAGGCAUAGGAGUGGUCCUUCCACUGGAAAAUCAAAUGAAAGAAUCAAAACGCUUUCCCCAAGCAUUGAAUAUUGGCAUGGGAAUUGUUACAACUUUGUAUGUAACAUUAGCUACCUUAGGAUAUAUGUGUUUCCGUGAUGAAAUAAAAGGCAGCAUAACUUUAAAUCUUCCCAGGAUGUAUGCACUUGUGUUUGAGCAUGAAUGCCACAUCAUUGUAAGAUCUUCCAGGUUAUAUCAAUCAGUGAAAAUUCUAUAUUCCUUUGGCAUCUUUGUGACAUAUUCAAUUCAGUUCUAUGUUCCGGCAGAGAUCAUCAUUCCUAUGAUCACAUCCAAAUUUCAUGCUAAAUGGAAACAAAUCUGUGAAUUUGCAAUAAGGUCCUUCUUGGUUAGUAUUACAUGUGCUGGAGCAAUUCUGAUUCCUCGUUUAGACAUUGUGAUUUCCUUCGUUGGAGCUGUGAGCAGCAGCACAUUGGCCCUGAUCCUACCACCUUUGGUUGAAAUUCUUACGUUUUCUAAGGAACACUACAAUAUAUGGAUGAUCCUGAAAAAUAUUUCUAUAGCAUUCACUGGAGUUAUUGGUUUCUUCUUAGGUACAUAUGUAACUGUUGAAGAAAUUAUUUAUCCUACUCCCAGGGUUAUAGCUGGCCCUCCACAAAGCCCUUCUCUAAAUUUGAAUUCAACAUGCUUUACAUCUGGUUUGAAAUAGUGGAAGCAGAAUUAUGAGUCUUUUCCUUUUGUCUUAAUUCUGAAAAUGAUGAAAAUAAGAACUAGUAGGCUACAUUGCCAUAAACUUAAAAAUAGAACCAAAUUUUCUUUUGGCACGUAAUGGUAUUUCAGUAGUAAGCUUUCUGGUAAGUAAUUCUUUACCAGUAGUGGUAAACUAUGACAGAUUUUUUAUUUUGGGUAUUAGCAAUAAUUUUUAAAAAUUUAGUUUUGAAAAUUUUUUAAAUUAAAAAAUUAAAAUAUAGAAAACUUAAAGAAUAAAAAGAUUUCCAUUAUGCUUCAUUCAAUCAGAAAUACACCGAGAUUCUCUUUUACACCCAUGCUUCUCUUUCCCCACCCAGUUGAGAAGAGAACAGGGUUCUGUCAGUAAAGGAAUCAAAGAAGAACAUAGUUAACAAAAAUCUUCUCACUAUCUAGGUGAAUGUCAAAGUGUACUUUGUGUAUAACGUGAAAAUGUCUUAAUCAUGUUUUUAUUAAAAAGCAAAAUACCUAUGAUUUGUCCCUGGAAGGAUAGAAAACUCAUUAACCUGGAUGCAAGCAUCAGAAAUCCCUACAACCAGAAUUAUUCUUCCCUAGUCUGUGAUGGUAAUUGAUCUGCACAAUGAAAACUCUGAGAUACUGUGCGAGAUCCUGACUUAGUGUCUCAGUCAAAUUUGAAAGAGACUUUAAGGCUUAUCUAACACAAUUCCCUUAUUUUUUACCUGAAGAAAUUGAGCCAGAAAGGUUAAAUAACUUGGUCAAGACAACUUAGCUUUGAGAUCAAGCAAGAGAACCUGAUCUUUUGACUCCAAGUCCAGGAUUUUUUAUUUUUCACAUCAUACCAAGGAAAAGAAUAAGUUAUGUCCAGUUUAGACUUUAGCAUUGCAUCUAUUUAAUUAUAUUUUAAUAUUUGGAAAGCCAGUGAUCUUUGAAUAGGACACAUGACCUGACUAUAAAAUCAGAGAACUCUAAAAAGCAUUGCAUUACAGCCAUAUCAACCCCAACAAGAGAAAGAAGUUUGUUCAGUUUUAAAGAUUAGAAACCACUUGCUGGUUUAACUGCUGGCUAGUAGAAGGUACUCAGCUAUUCUGUUUGUGGCUCCAACCCUUCUAAUUAGUUCUUUUCUUUUCAGGUUUUGUAGUCACUGUCUUUCUCAAUGGCAGAAAAUAGGUAUCUGACAAAAUACAGGAUUUGUUUAUUCCUUCCAGCCCUGUGGCUUUCUUAUCAUAGCCUCUUACUAAUCUAAAUGGGCAGAAUUAAAAAAAAAAUAAAUUUAUGCAGAGGAAAAAUUGAGACAAUAAUAGACUACUAAAUCUUGAGACACUCCAGGUUUCUUCUAGAGAAAUACCUUUUAUUACUCCAUAUUUGGCAGGCUCAGUUAUUAACCAAAACAAUCUCAGUUGACAUGGAAGAUGAAAAUUUUUAAGUUUAAAACAUUAAGAAUCUUGACUUUUUAAAAGAUUUGUACUUUAACAUACAUUGGACUUUUUAAUCAGAUUGGUUGUACUCUAAUUUGUAAUAUAUUAAGAUAUCAUCGAGAUCACUGUAGUAUAUGUAUUGUGUAUUUUUAUAUAUAAAUGCUAACUUAGUUCAAGUAUUUUUUGCUUUGCAUCAUUAAUGAAUCAAGUACAAUUCUAACAAAGUAUCAGAAGCUUUAUUUUUGUACAAAUUCAUAAGACUCAAACUUUUUUUAAACACUUACAUUAGAUAUCACCAAUAAUUGUGAUACUUUUAUAUCAAAGCCAUUAUGUUAAACUUUUAGUCAUACUGAGAGAAUGUGGAAGAAGUUAGAGGAAAAGUGAUUGUCAUUGACUGUUAGAUAAUCGUGUUUCUAAGAAUAAAUUAGAUUUUUUAAAAUAUAUAACUUGGUAUAAAAUGACUUAAAAACCAUUAUUUAAUAGAAAGCACUAUUAUUUUGUCAGCUGUCAUCAGAUAUUUCUAGUCUAUGCAUGAAAUUUUAUUUUUAUACUUUGACAUGUUUAUUUUCCUUAUUAAUUCAUCAAAUUCAGUGAAUUUUGAAUAGUUGAUCAUAGCAAUAAAUAAAUUUUAGGUUCAGCAUGAACAAAAUGUUGAGUGCAUUAUCAGCCAGGCUUCCUUAUGCAGCAAUUGCUGAUUCGACAGCCAAUACUUAGUCCUCUAGAUUAUUGAUACUUUAAAUACAAGAGAAAAGUUGAAAUCAUGAAAAAGGGAACUAAAAGGGGAGAGAGGUUAGUUUUCAUUCUUAACAAAAAAACUAUUUAGAUGUAAAGUAUAAAUACACCUUUAAAGAUUGUUGAUGAUGUAUUUUAGUUGCAAAAAAUUCAGUAGCAAUAUUUUUCCUCUGAAAAUUGAGUUUUAAUGAAUCAGACAUUUCCUAAAGAUUUUUGGAGAAGAUAUUUUGAUGAGACCAGCUGUUGCUUUUAUUUUGGGGCCUGGAGAAAUGAAAGCAAUUGUACCUGUCAAAUUGUGUAUCUGGUAUCUUGGUCUAUUACAUUAUGGCUAAGAUGACUUCAGCAUUUCAUUUGCCACAAUGAAGAACCCUGUUUCCUGAGAGCUAAUCAGGUGCCUGAGAGCCUUUCUAUCACUGGGGUAGGGGAGAGAAGGGAAAGCUUCUUUUAGCUCUGCUGACCUCUGUUUGAAGUCAGUCAUCAUUAGUCCCUUACAUUUCAAAAGGGUUUUGCCAGUUUCAGAGUCAACUUGUCAAAACACUGGUUUUCAGAUACUUUUUAAUCAGAGGAUCUUCUUUUUCCCACAUGGUCAGAUUUCUCCACAUUUAAAUAAGAACUAGUUUUUUUUUUCUUGGUUAAAGACCCAAUUUGUAUGAUGUUAUCAAAUAAAAAAGUGUACUGGAUUAGAAAAUGCCACAUUAUGUUUAAUUCUGUCCCUGCUUGAUUCUCCUUUCUUAAAACUAUUUCUGCCUCUCAUCUAGGCACUGCACUUAACGUUUUUAUAAGGAUUUUAUGCAAUGUGCAUGUUGUAAAUUUCCUAACAGGGCCUAAUUUCAUUCAGUAUUUUCAGAAUAGUUACAGGAAAGCUGUCUAACUGCAAAGACUAUACAAAUAUUAAUAGAACUGUUAAAGUUCCACAUUAGUGCCAUUUCUAGCUGUGGCAAAGCACAGGUCUUACUGUAGCUUACCUGUGGCACUUCUUCACUGUGUCAGCCAAUACAGCAUCUGAAUAGUACAUUUGUUUACUGAUAGUAUAUACCCACAUUAGGUUUUGACCUCAGUUCUCCCUUCUUCAUUUAAAAAGGAGAAGAUACAGAACUGAGAUAAUGGAAAUGAUAAAUAAAAAUUCAAAAAUAAUACCAGCAGCUCAGUGAAUAUUUUCUGUUGAGGAACAAAAAAAAUUUGGCAAAAAUACAGACCAUUGAUCAUGUAAAAUGAGUUUGUUUUUUCUAAUGAGUCUAUUUUGUUCAUUUUGGCUGAACUAGCUUCCCCCUUCAUAAGAAAAUUUGGGAACUUCAAUCUAAAAGGUGUAACAAAACACUUCCUAACAUUAAAUGGCUGACUGCUAUGGUUAAUACUUUGGAAGUAUUAUGGAUAAUUUUGUUUAUGCCCCUAGUGCUUACUUGGCUAACUGCUUUAUGAAAGUGGUUCGUUUUCACCUAGGAAAUAAGAAAACAUGCUUAAGAAACAACUAGAGGGCAGCCCUGGUGGCUCAGCGGUUUAGCGCCACCUUUAGCCCAGGGGCGUGAUCCUGGAGACGCGGGAUGGAGUCCCACGUUGGGCUCCCUGCAUGGAGCCUGCUUCUCCCUCUGCCUGUGUCUCUGCCUCUCUCUCUCUCUUUCUCUCUCUUUUUGUGUCUUUCAUGAAUAAAUAAAUAAAAAUCUUUUAAAAAUGGUUAAGAUGGUAAAUUUAAAAAAAAGAAACGACUAGAAAUGCUAUUUAUUACCGUAUAAUAAAUGAAAUCACAACUUACUCGCAUUCUUAAAAUGUCAUAUUAAAAUAAGCUAGUUCUUAUGAGUGAGAGUGUACACACACACCAGUAAUGUAUAUUAACUUACCAUUUAAAUUGGGUCCAGAAAGAUGAUGUGUUGAAAGGUCAUUCCAAAACUUAUUCCAUUAGAGUUUUCUUGAUAACAAAUAGGAAAGUAAAUGUUUCUACCGUGAAUAAAUUAAGCUCUGGGUUUUUGUGUUUUUCAAAAUGAUUUUGUUAGUCUGAAAAUGAAAUAUCAUUGCCCUUGAGUCAAUUAUUUUUCUUUUAACUUAUUUUUCUUUACAGUAUGAAAAAGGCUGUCUUAAAGUACUGUAGCUCUUCUGAAUUUUCAAUAAAAUGUAAUUAAUUUGCUUGCAAAUGCCUUUUUAAAUGAAUUUGUCUUCUAUAAGGUUAAAUGAUAUUGACAAAUGUCAUAAGCUGAAAAUGGCACUAGUAUAUUCUCAUAAUAGCAUUUUAGUCACUCUCUGAUUAAUUCUUUGUCAUGUGAUCUUCAA